AGGAAUUCCACGCCCCCUAAGGCCCCGGUGACGGAUCCAAUCAGAGACCUCUCCCUCGCCGAAACUCCGCCCCCCUGGGUCGGCAUUUCCCAGGCCCGAGCUGCUCCGGGCAGACGCGGCGGAUGAUGCAAUUGGGCUGCGCCGCGAGAAGGUCACACGGCAUCCUCCAACAUGGCGGCGGCGGCGCUGCGGGGUGGCUGGUGCCGCUGUCCGCGGAGAUGCCUCGGUAGUGGAGUCCAGUUUCUUUCCAGCCACAACCUACCCCGUGGUUCGACCUAUCAGGUAUGCCAGCCAGGCGGAGAGCUGCCACUGUCCAAAUCAUAUUCUUCUGGAAACAGAAAAGGCUUUCUGUCUGGCUUGCUAGAUAAUAUCAAACAAGAAUUAGCCAAAAACAAAGAAAUGAAAGAAAGUAUAAAAAAAUUCCGAGACGAGGCCAGGAAGCUGGAAGAGUCAGAUGCACUCCAGGAAGCCAGAAGGAAAUAUAAAACCAUUGAGUCGGAAACCGUGCGGACCAGCGAAGUGAUACGGAAGAAGUUGGGGGAGUUCACGGGCACGAUGAAGGAGAGCCUUGACGAAGUCAGUAAAAGUGACCUUGCCCAGAAAAUCAAGGAGGGCGUGGAGGAGGCGGCCAAAACGGCCAAGCAGUCGGCCGAGUCAGUGUCCAGGGGCGGUGAGAAGCUGGGCAGAACAGCGGCCUUCAAAGCCCUCUCCCAGGGCGUGGAGUCCGUGAAGAAGGAGAUAGACCACAGCGUCCUGGGGCAGAUCGGGCCCUACCGCAGGCCCAAGCGACUCCGGAAGAGGACGGAGUUUGCAGGAGAGAAAUUCAAGGAAGAAAAAGUGUUUGAGCCCAAUGAGGAGGCCCUGGGGGUCGUGCUACACAAGGACUCCAAGUGGUACCAGCAGUGGAAGGACUUCAAGGAAAACAACAUGGUGUUCAAUCGGUUCUUCGAGAUGAAGAUGAAGUACGAUGAGAGCGACAACGUGCUCAUCCGGGCAUCCCGGGCCCUGACAGACAAGGUGACCGACUUGCUGGGGGGCCUGUUCUCCAAGACGGAGAUGUCGGAGGUGCUCACGGAGAUCCUCCGGGUGGACCCGGCCUUCGACAAGGACCGGUUUCUGCAGCAGUGCGAGAAUGACAUCAUCCCCAACGUCCUGGAGGCCAUGAUUUCAGGAGAACUUGACAUUCUCAAAGACUGGUGCUAUGAAGCUACAUACAGCCAGCUGGCCCACCCGAUCCAGCAGGCCAAGGCCCUGGGCCUGCAGUUCCACUCCCGCAUCCUGGACAUCGACAAUGUCGACCUGGCCAUGGGCAAGAUGAUGGAGCAGGGGCCUGUGCUAAUCAUCACCUUCCAGGCCCAGCUUGUCAUGGUGAUCAAGGACCCCAAAGGCCAGGUGGUCGAGGGUGACCCGGACAAGGUGCUGCGCAUGCUGUACGUGUGGGCGCUCUGCCGCAACCAGGACGAGCUCAACCCCUACGCGGCGUGGCGGCUCCUGGACAUCUCUGCCUCCAGCACGGAGCAGAUCCUCUGAGUAUGGCCACUGCAGCCAGGGAGCCCCCGGGGCUGGAUCACCAGGCAUGGAUGCCCAGGGACACUUGCAGCAACUCCAGACCUCUGGAGACAAGACUGCCAGCUCUGUCCCCCCAGCUCUGCCAGGACAACUACAAAACCAGCUGGCCGGGAAAGGGGCUGAGGGCUACUGAGGGUGCCCAGUGGCUGGACGGACACUGCACAGUGUCAGCCCCUGCACUGUCCCUCUGCCACCUUGGGGUGCACAGGCCACACAGUGCCAAAAGGCUCUGGGGCCUAGGGGGCGGGGCCAAGCCCUGCUGCUCCGCAUGGCUGGCCAUGCCAGCCAGGCCAUUUUAGGUCUUUUUUUAAUUUUAACAGUGCUCUCAUUUCCUGUACAUAGCCUGAGAUUUGGAAAUAAUAAAACACCAAAGUGCAGAAGAGCAA